GGAGAGUGACAGGAGAGUGGCGGGAGAGUAACGGGAGAGUGAAGGGAGAGUGAAGUGAAAGUAACGGGAGAGUGAAGGGAGAGUAACGGGAGAGUGAAGUGAACGUUACGGGAGAGUGAAGCGAGAGUAACGGGAGAGUGACGGGAGAGUGAAGGGAGAGUAACGGGAGAGUGAAGGGAGAGUGACGAGGUGCGGGAAGGGAGGAGGUGAGGAAGUGAUGAGGUAAAGUGAGGAAGAAAAAAGAUGUGAGGAAUGGAUGGUGAGGUGAAACACUCGAUGUGCAUUGCGGUGAGGGUAAAUAGGUGAGGCGUUGAGAGUGAGCGGAGGUGAGCACAGCGAGGGGUUAGCGGUAAGGAGAUUGUGAAGAGGUGGGGGGCGAGAGAGAGAGCUGAGGAACUGGCAAAGGUGAGCCGGUUAAGGAUGUAAAGGGAGGCGGAGAUUUGAUGAGAAAGCGAUAGAGGUGACGAGGGUGUGACAGUGGUGAGGAGGUGAUAAAGAUGAUAGAGGUUGUGAGGAGGUGAGAGUGGUGGUGAGGUGAAAGUGGCGAGGUGGAUUGGUGAUGAUAGAAGUGCGAUGAGAGUGGUGAGGCGGUGAGAGUGGCGACGAUAGAGGAGAGGAGGUGAGAGUGGUGAGGUGAUUAUGAUAGAGGUGAGGAGGAGGUGAGAGUGGUGAGGAGGGCAGGCGGUGAGGUGGGGGGUUAUGGAGCGUAGGGCCGCAGGCUCCGGGCCCUCGGGCCGCUUCUCGAAAAUGGCGCGAAAACUUCUGCUGCCCUCUGGGGGUCCCCCACCAGACAGAGAGGGUCCCUCACCAGACAGAGGGGGUCCCUCACGAGACAGAGGGGGUCCCGCAGAACGGAGUCCCUCAGACGCGGGCCCGUGGGACAGGGACCCCAGAGACAGGGGUGGUGUUGUCGUGAACAGGGUUCGCCCAGACAAGAGUUGUACAGACAGGGCUCCCUCACACAGGGGCUUCCCAAGCAGGGGUCCCUCCGAGCGGGGAUCCCCGAGAAGCAAAGAGCCCGGGGUUCGCGCGUCCUGGAAAAGGGACCCCAUCUCCUCCCGGCGCGGGGCCCCUCAGAGGGACCCAGACCCCCUCUCCAGAGCCGAGACCCCCUCGCCGUCACGACGGACCCCGCCCGCGGCGACCAGGAGGUCCCUUCAGGGGUCCAAGUCUCCGCGGGGGAAGGGGAGCCAGGGCCCGCGGGCUCGUUGGGGUCGCCACUCGCCCCUGCAGCGCCCGAGGGGGCCCAGGUCCCCGUUGCGACGCUCGGCGGCCGAGGGGACCCCGGAGGAAGCGAGGGGACCCGCGAUCUGCAGCCCCGACAGCGACGGGGACCCCUGGAGCUCGAGGGGCCCCGGCUCCCUGUGGGACCCCCCAUCCUUGCACAGCGUGGACUCCCUGACGGGGGGCUGCGGGGACGGCCUCGCCGAGGGGGACCCGGGACCCCCUUGCCGGGAGCGCCUGCCCAGCCUGGGGUCGUGCCAGGGGGGCGGCGAGGGGAUGAUGAGCCCCGCGCCGCACGACUGCACCCCUGAUUGGACCCCUGACUGGCCCUCGUCUCCCCAUCUCCUCGCGCUCCUCUGCCUAUCGGACUCGACUCUCCGUGGACGCCGCGGUGGACACGGGAGCCGGAGACUUCACAGGUGUGCACAGGCUCUCGAGGCCUCCCAACGUGACGAUGGAGACGGCAGCGGCAGAGUGGGCGCGGAGCUGAGGGCCUCCGCGAACCCCAAGAGCCUCAAGGGGACCCCGGGAGCCCCGGGGCUCAAGGGGUCUGCGCCUCCUCCUUCGGCCGCUCCCCCUGGGCCCCCCGACCCGCCCUCCAUGCGGCUGUUCCGCUCCGAGAGCGGGGGACGACGUCGCGACCCGCACCCCUCCGCCGCCUCCGCCUCCGCCUCGUCGUCCUCCGCCUCGUCGUCGUGGUCUCCUGGUAAGGGUGCGGUGGGGGGCUGGCCGUGGGCCCUCUUCACGUCACCGAGGAAGCGCUCCCCGGCCGUCGGCGGGGAGGCGAGCCCGGGGGCCGCGGGGCCUCCCACGGGAGGCGGCGAUGACGGCGGCGGUGGCGACGAGGGCAACGACGAAGAUAACGAGGAUAACGAGGAGGAGCUGGCGGGGGGCGUCCGGCGUUCCCAGAGCGUACGCCGCGCGUGCCUCCUGAGGCCUUCGCCGGGCCCCGGGGAGAGGGAGGAGGAGGAGGAGGGGGCCCGACCGUCGCCCCGCGCCGCCCCGUACCGCCGCAGUCACAGCACGGACGCCGCGGGGGCCCUCCCCCACGGCGGGGCCCGUUCGGCGCAGAGGGCCCGCGCGUUCUUCCGGAGGGGAGCGCGGGCCCCGAAGGAGGGAGCCCUGGGACCCCCGGGCGGGGAGGGAGAAGGUGCCGCGGAGUUGCGGCUGCGCGGGGCCCGCGAGAGGGACGUGCAUGGCGAGUACUCAAGCCGGGCCUCCUGGAGGGUGUCGGGGCCCCCGGGGACCCUUUUUGACGGGGGAGGGACCGACGAGAGCUGGGGGGUCGUGGCUCCUGGGGUCGCGGUCACCCAGGGGACCGAGGGGACCGCAAGGAGCGUGGCGGCGCUGAGGGAGCCGCGGUCCCACGGUCACGGGGGUCACGGCGGAGUCUCGCCGAGCCCCCCCCUCCACCUCCCUGGGCCCCCUCGCUCGCACGAGCCCCCCGUGUGCCCCUGUGCCCCUUUCCUCGUCCACCCUCCUCAGGGCCCACUCGCCCCGCUCAACGAGUCGCCCCCUACACCACCAUCACCAACAACGGUCACCGCCACUCACACUGAUACAGCUACAGCUGUUACAGCUGCCACAGCUACAGGCACUGCUGCAGGUGAUAAUAACUCUGCUGAUAGUGGUACCGCAGCAGUCCUGCCUCUAGCACAAACAGUUAGCGCACAACCACACACACAGCCACACACACAGCCACACACACAGCCACACACACAGCCACACACACAGCCACACACACAGCCAGAGACUUCAACACAACUACACAUACCAAAGGAACUACGGCCACAAACACACACACCAACACAACCGUGCAUACCGAUACCACCACCACCACACACACAGCCACACACACCACCACACACACACGCGCUGACCUCAACUCCUACACAACCACAACCGCAUGUAAGCCAAAGCACACCAACGCAGCUACAGGCACGAGCAGAACCACACAUGCCAACAGAACCACAAAUACACACGUUAACACAAUCACACACAAGACAAACACACUCACAGACAUCACCCGUUCCACAACUACAACCACCCGCACAAGCACACACACAGAUGUCCUCUCCUGCACAGCCUUGCAAACAACCACACACUCAAACAGAGCCAGACAUAGCCACACAAUCACAGACACGCCCACACUCACCACUACAUCCAGAGCCUCAAACACAGUCAUAUAGUAAAACACAGCCACACACACAAACACUCCUGCAACCACACACACAACCACACACUCCACCCCAAACAGAAACUCCAACACACCCACACUCACAGCCACACACAAAACCACAACUGCACAUACAACCACAGCUACUCGUACAACCACAGAUAUCAGCACAAGCAGAGACAUCAACACUAACACACCCACACACGCACGCACAACCACAUAAGCACCCACACGUACCUGCAGCCUCGCCAGAUCCCACCCAGCUCACCCUACACACACAGGGGUCACGCGCUGCCCUGACCCCACAGCCCCCUCACUCAACCCCUGGCCUCAGCCCUGCCCACAGCCUUGCCCCUAGCUCAGCCGCUGACCCUGACCUCACACCUUCCCCGACCUCUAUCCAUGCCCCCAGCCUUGCUCCUAAUUAUGAACUUGAACAUUCACCUGCCCCUGCCCCUGCCCACGCUCCCGGGUCUCACGUCUCUCUGGAGCCGCCCAGCGCCCCCCCUCCUUCUGGGAACCCCUUCCUGUCGUCCCGACUCCCUCAGUCAGACGGCUCCCCCGAGGACCCCCUUUCUGAUCCAUCCUCUCCGCGUGGGCUCCCUACCUCGGAGGGGGAGCCCCCCUUGCCUGCCAGUGUCGUCCCCGGCGUUCCCGUGUCCGUGGAGGCCCCAGCCAGACCCCUUCGGGGAUCCCAAGGGGAGCUGCCCGCAGGGGUCUCCGGUGAAGAAACCUCCGCCACCGCAGGGGCCUCUCGCUCAGGGGGUCCUCGGAAGCGAGGGUCCGAGGUUGCGGACCCCCUCGGAGGGGGGAGACCUCGUGCCGAAAGCCCGGCAGAGGCGGCCGAUGAAGAUGCCGACCCCUGCGGGGCCCCGGGACUCCGCGGGGCACCCCUGGCGGUCCCCGAGGGGCCCCUGGAGACCCCUGCGGGACCCCUGGAUGCCCCCGAACGACACCCCGAUGGAAGGCUGAGCGUGGCACAGGAAGGUGCGGAGCGACUCGUGGAGGCCCCGGUCAAGCCCACCAGCCCCAAGCCUCCGGUUCCGGCCACACGCAACUCGACCCUGUGUGACGGAGAGCUCCUGCAUCAGACCCUGGCGCGCGGGCCCCCGGGUGGGCCCCCGAGCGAGCCCCCAGGUCCCCCUGGGCCCGCGGAAGGCCCCGGCGAGCCGGGAGGGUCGUGCGACGAGGAGGCGGCAGACAGCGGCGUGAGCAGCCAAUCCCAGACGAGCCUCAACGCGGGGGAGGAGCGACGCCACGAGGACCCUGAGCCCAGAUCCCGGGGUCCCCAAGGGGCGGCCCAAGGGGCGGCCCCGAUGGACGGCGCGGGCGACUGCCGGGGGGUGGCUCCGCGCUCCCGCCAGCCGCCCCCCCCUCGCGGACCCCGCCCCGUCUCCAUGGUGACAUGGCAGCGUGUGGCGACCGAAGCGCCGGAGGCGACGGCGGAGACGAGAACGGAGGAGACGACGACGGAUGAGACGGCGGAGACGGCGGAGACGCAGGCGAGACACGGGGCGCCUCGCAGGAGGAGGAGACCCCUCUCCGUCAUGGGGAUCCUGAGGCUUGGGACCGAGCAGAAUAAGCAGAAGCGCCCCCCGCCCCUCCCGGACCUGGGGCCCCCCAGGGUUCAGCUGCGGCCCUCCAAGAGCACCCCCUCCCAGCUGGACCGCAUGGGCCGGCGGCGGCGCCACACCUACGGAGGUAAAGCACACGGAAGCCGUGAUCCUGGUGUUGCCGCGGGUGACCAGGGCAGUGAGGGCAGUAGCGAGGAGGAGGAGGGGGCUGAGGGCAGCCUGGGCUGCCCCCCGCGAUACGUUGGGGGAGGGGAACAGCUGGCGGUAAGCGAGCUGCUGGACGAGGGAGGGGUGGUGCUUGCCGAGGCUCUGUGGGACCACGUGUCUCUGUGUGACCACGUCUCUCUGCGUCGCUCUGCAUCUCCGUGUCUCUCCGUGUCCUCGUGCCUGUGCGCCGCAGCUGCUGGACGAGGGAGGGGUGGUGCUUGCCGAGGCUCUGUGGGACCACGUGUCUCUGGACGCGCAGGAGCUCCCGUUCCAGGCCGGCCAGCUGCUCCGCGUCACCGACGCGUCCGACCGCGCCUGGUGGUGGGGCUGCACCGGCGAUGCCGCCGGAUGGUUCCCGGCCUCCUUCGUCAGGCUGAGGGUGAACCAGGAGGAAGGCUACGAGGAUAGUGAGGGUGAGGGUGAUGUGGCUGCCGAGGGGGAGGCGGAGGGAGACGCCGGGGGGGGGCCCGCAUUGAGGGGAGCCGCGGGGGGCCCUGAGGGGGGCCCUGAGGGGGGCCCCGUGUCC